AUGGCUAGGAUAAUUGCUAAUGUAGUGGAUACGCAACAACAUCUCGUUAGUCAAUAUCAGACUGUUGUGAGUGCUUUGGAAUCAUUAAAGCUGGAAGUUCGUGAUUCCACCCAAUCACUACGGGAAGAGUUGAGAAGAACUGAUGAUCGCGCACAGAAGCAGGUUGAUGAUUUACGUGUCACUCAUGUUAAUGAAGUCGCUCGUCUUAUGGAUCUAGUAAAGAUGUUAGUUCAAGCAAAGGACCAGAGCGCUAAUGCUCCUCAAUCACACUCAGUUCCACCAGAAGCACCCCGAAUGACACCGGCUCAGAUGGCUUACGCAAAUGCUGCUCCAGCAAGCAAUUUCUUCGGACCGCAGACAGGUGCUUUCAAUGAUCUGGCUGCUCAAGCUCAGGCUCAUUAUGCAGCUUGUUAUCUACAACAACUUCAAGAGCAACAGAGAAUGCGUACGGCUGGAAUGCAGGCUACGGGCUUCUUUGGUAACCAACCCGGAGUUAACGUGGGCGGCAUAGGCAUUCCUGGAUCCUUUUCCCAGAGUCAACACGCAGCACCAGUCGUACCUCCAGUCGCAGCUACUGUCCCCAAACCGGUGGCCACUUCUAUGAACGCUGUGCCACCCACAACUGUAGUGGCUCCUAUCCCUCCGCCUAACGCUGCAUUCCCUCCUACGUUCGCAUCCGCUGCACCUUCAACUACAUCCACUCCUUUAGCUGCGCCUACUCCUUCUACUACCUCUACUACUUCUCUGGCGCCUACCACUGGUACUUCAUCUGGACUAUUUGGGACCGCGGCCAAGCCAGUGGUUACUGUUCCCUUACCUGUUUCUGGUGCUGUGCAGCCACCAAAAUCGGAACCGUUGAAAGCUAUACCUUUCUCCUUUGGUGCUCCGAAGACUACUUCACCUGCUACGACUACAUCAGUGGUCUCGGAGACUGCAAAGCCGACAACGAACAUUUUUGCGGGAAUAAAGCCAACCGAGAAUGUGUUUUCGAAAACUCCAGAGACGAAACCAACAAUAAAGAAAGAAGGAGAUGGUGCUGAGGACGAGGAUCAUGAUCAUGUUGAGGAAUUCGAGCCUCAAGUCGACUUUAAACCAGUUUGCCCACUCCCUGAGCUAGUGGAGGUUGUAACUGGAGAAGAGGACGAGAAGGUAAUUUUCGAGGAGCGUUGUAAGUUGUAUCGCUUCUCUGAUGAUACAAGGGAGUGGAAAGAGCGUGGAACAGGCUCGAUGAAAGUGCUUGAAAACACCAACACUAAGAAGUGUCGUGUUGUGAUGCGCAGGGACCAGGUCUUCAAAGUGUGCGCGAACCAUCAGUUACUGCCGGGCAUGACGAUUCAAGUAAUGCCGCGUCAAGAAAAAGCUAUGAUGUGGUAUUGUGAAGAUUUCUCCGAGGACCAAAAGUCCCAUGAAAAACUCUCAGCUCGAUUCGCAAGUGUGGAAGUGGCUAAUAAGUUCAAGGAAGUUUUCGAGAAAGCAGUAAAAAAUGCUGAAGGU